GAAUCUCUGCUUCAGCGACUCAAACACCCGAAAGAGUUUCACAAGGGUCGUUUCGUUGUGAGUGAUGAAGAUGCUUUGUUGAAUACUCAGUGCCCGAAGAAAUUGGAGCUGCGAUGGCAUAGUGAAGUCACUUCUAGCGUUUAUGCUACACCCUUGAUUGCUGAUAUUAACAGUGAUGGAAAGCUUGACAUUGUUUUUCUCUCUUCUCUCUCCGUCGGUUCACCAUUCUCUCUGUUUCUGGGAUGGGUGAUUUCUUCAAUGAGACUUAGAACAACGUUGGUGUUGCUUUUGGAACUUCUUACUAUCAUCUUCACCCUAACCAUGCAACUCUCCUCUAGGAUCUUCUUCUUGUUUUUCGAUGACCUUAAACCAUAUGCUUUAGUACAGUUUGUUCAUUGCAUUGCCAUUCCUCUGAUGUUUAUUCUAUUACCUCCAAUGUAUACACAUUCUACGUAUUGGCUUUGGGCUGCAGGAUUUUAUCUCUUAGCCAAGGUGGAAGAAGCUGCUGAUAAGCCUAUAUAUAGCUGGGAAUUGACUGGGAAUUGCAGAUUCAUAUUCAAACCGUUCUCACCGUUUAACUUGGUUGGUUUCAUAUAUAAUCACAAUCGGUUAAUGUUUCUUUGUUAUGAAUGAAUUUAAGUGUUUCAGUUUUGUUUUUAUGUAUGAGUUUUAGUUUAAUUUAAACAUGUUUGACUGAUUUGUGUUUUACUUUGUAUCCUUUCAUGAGAUUUGGGGAGAAGAAGAAUAAGACAAAGUUCUUAAUCUAACUUUUUAGCAACU